AUGCUUGAGCCCAGCUCCAAUAUGCCUUGGUUCAAGGGAUGGAAGAUCACCAGGAAGGAAGGAAAUGGCAGUGGAACUACUCUGCUUGAAGCUCUUGAUUGCAUUUUGCCACCAAGCCAUCCCACAGACAAACCCCUCCGUCUGCCACUUCAGGGUGUGUACAAGAUAGGUGGUACUGGCACAGUACCUGUUGGUCAUGUGGAAACUGGAGUUCUUAAACCAGGCAUGGUGGUUACUUUUGCCCCAGUCAAUGUAACAACUGAAGUGAAGUCUGUGGAAAUGCAUCAUGAUGCUCUGACUGAGGCUUUUCCCGGUGACAACGUUGGUUUCAAUGUAAAGAACGUCUCCGUCAAGGACAUUCCGUCGUGGCAAUGUUGCUGGUGACAGCAAAAAUGACCCUCCUCUUGAAGCUGGUGGAUUUACUGCACAGGUAAUCAUCUUUAACCACCCAGGUCAAAUUGGUGCUGGAUAUGCUCCUGUGUUGGAUUGUCAUACAGCCCACAUUGCCUGCAAGUUCGCUGAGUUGAAGGAAAAGAUUGAUCGUCGUUCUGGUAAGAAACUGGAAGACUUACCCAAGUUCCUCAAGUCUGGUGAUGCAGCCAUCAUUGAAAUGGUUCCAGGCAAACCCAACCUCCACUUGGUUGUUUUGCUGUGCGUGGCAUGA